AUGGCCGACAGCAGCGGGCAACAAGUAUACCUACCGAACCUCGUCCUCACUCUCGCGAGCCUGGUUCAGCAGACCGUUGCGGCUAUGCGCAUGUUUUUCAGCUCCACACUAGAUGUUGGACUGGACGGCAAUGAAACCGAAGGUGACCCGACACCCGAGCCGAAGAAACUUGGACGCAAGCGCAAGGCGAAAGCCAAAAAGGAAAAGGAAGACAAGCACAAGAACAUCGAGGUGACGAAGAUUGACGAAGUUCUAAAAUUGGUAUUCAACUUCCUCAUCUUGGACGAGGCGCAUUAUGCCAAGGCAGAGGCCAGCAAAGCCACGAGGUUUGUCAACAGUAUUCAGGCUAGGAUGAGGGUCCUCAGCACAGCUACACCGUUGAAUCACCCACGGGACAUCAUAUCCUACGUGAAGCUCGGUGUGCUCGAAGCAUCGCCCGAUCUAUCAUUCCUCGAAAAGUUCGUUCCCAGAAAGAUGGACCUCAGACUGAUAUACGACGAUGGAAUCGACCCUUAUCACCUAACCGGAUCGAAAGGUUACACUGAUGUCUAUGGAGUGGAGCACCCGGUCGACACGAACGUCACGAAAACGUUCUUGGUCAAGGAUUCCAAUGAUCCAGUGAUGCAGCAACUGUGCAGAUUGUACGACAAGGAGGGUUUCGCAUGGUGGAAGUAA